CGUGCGUGUGUGUGUAUAGUGGAUUAUUGCCGCGCCGUAGUCUUCAAACGUGUACGUCACUCGUGCGUGCGUGUUCGUUAUCGUCACUACGUAUUGGACGAUUGAUGUUCGGAAAACGAUAUAAAAAUAAAAAUCAUACAUAAGGCACGACGGCGCUACUGCUGCGGAUCAAACAAAUCCCGUGUGCACGACGUUGCAGUUAUUGUAUUGUUUUAUUUCCCACUCGGCGCGAUAUUGUGCGCGUGUGAUUUAUUAAUAAUUUUCCACGCGCGAUCGUCGUCAUCGGUAUUUGUAAUCCGAACGUCUGCCACCGACGUGGCCUAGGUCGCGAACGUUAUCGGAGUUUGCGUUGUGUACUGUAAUACACGCUAUCAUCGUUAUUAUUAGUACAAUAUUAUCAUUAUUACGUUAAUUAAUCGGUUAAUCGUCCACGGGUCCUAUCUCUUUUUCCGGGUGAGUGUUUCGAACAUGCACACGCGUGUGUACGCGUAAAUUUGGGAGGACGACGUAGGAACGCUCAUUUGAAUCUCAGACGUCGUUUUUGCCGCAGUCGCAUUUUUCGUGUCCGCUACCGCAUAACUAUUACGCGAACAUCAGUCCGCCUACUGAACACAAUUUCCCUUGACGACGUGUCCUGACGCCGCCGCCACUCGGAACAGUCUUAACAAAAUAACAUCUAUCUGACGAGAUAUCAGUACCUAUUUAAUUUACAAUGAGUGAUGACGGUGAUAUAAUUCCAAGUGUAAUGCAAAAUGGUGGAAGUCAAUAUAAAAUAAAAGAGAAUUCAUUUUUAUCCAGUACUGUUGGUGAUAAUAUUCCGAACAUGAGUUUUGAGAGCUCAAAGCCAGCAGAAAAUUAUGGGCCAGACCAAGUUUUACCUGCUUCACAAAAAUAUACUAGUGAAGCAAAUGGCCGAGUCACAUUAAGAAUUGAGGCUGGUGCUGAUAAUACACCUAUAUCUGUACCUGGAUUGUUGAAAAGAACUGUUGAAAAAUAUGGAGAUUUACCUGCUUUAAAUUAUAAAUCUGACAAUAAAUGGGUUAAAGUUACUUAUAAAGAAUAUGAACAAAAUGUACAAACCGUUGCUAAAGCAUUUAUAAAGUUAGGCCUCGAAAGAUUUCAUGGUGUCUGUAUCAUUGGUUUUAAUUCACCUGAAUGGUUUUAUUCUGAUUUAGGAGCUAUUUAUGCUGGUGGUUUUGCUGCUGGAAUGUACACAACAAAUCUUCCUGACGCUUGUUUCCAUUGUUUAGAGACUAGUAAGGCAAACAUUGCUGUUGUUGAAGAUGACAAACAAUUAGAGAAAAUAUUAUCGGUCAAAAGUCGUUUACCCCAUUUGAAAGCCAUCAUUCAGUAUGAAGGCAAACCUACUGUAGAAGGUGUUUUAUCUUGGGAAGAUGUUAUGAGAAUUGGAGCUGCUGAAUCAGAUGAUAAAUUAAAUGCUGUAUUAAAAACAAUGGGAGUCAAUGAAUGUUGUACAUUAGUUUUCACGUCUGGGACAGAAGGUGCAUCAAAGGCAGUCAUGGUUAGUCAUGAUAAUCUUACCUAUAAUGCGUUGGUGAUCACCAAUUUCUUGUCCUUAAUAAAUGGCAAAGAAGUUCUUGUAUCAUACUUACCUUUGAGUCACGUUGCAGCACAAAUAACAGAUAUAUACUGUGCUAUCACAAUAGGAGGUCAAGUAUAUUUUGGUGAAAAAGAUGCCCUCAAGGGUUCUUUGGUAAAUACACUUCAAGCUGCGAGGCCUACAGUUUUCUUGGGUGUUCCACGUGUUUGGGAAAAAAUUAAUGAAAAGUUAGUCAGUAUUGGCCGAAAAUCUGGUGCUUUGAAAAAAUAUAUUGGUGAUUGGGCUAAAGAAGUUGGUCUACAUCAUUAUGAAGAAGCAAUGAAAGGAGUUGAAAGAGAAACAUAUUCGUAUAAGUUCUUCAGAUGGUUAAUUUAUGGCCGUAUUAAGAGUGCUAUUGGCUUUGAUCGGUGUAAAUAUUUCAUUUCGGCUGCUGCUCCAAUAUCAGUUGAACUAAAAAAAUAUUUUAUGAGCUUAGAUAUACCUUUAUGCGAGGCAUUUGGGAUGUCUGAAUGUGGUGGAGCUCAUACGUUGAGUAAUCCAACUGAUGAAAAUGUAGCUGGUGUAGGAAAAACAUUAAAAGGAGUGAAAUCCAAAAUAGAUAAACCUGAUAAGGAUGGUAACGGUGAAUUUUGUAUAUUUGGACGUCACGUAUUCAUGGGUUAUUUGGAUCUACCAGAUAAAACAGAAAGUACCCUAGAUGCUGAAGGUUGGCUUCAUUCUGGUGAUAUAGCACAUAUAGAUAGUAAAGGAUAUGUUACUAUUACUGGAAGAAUAAAGGAAUUAUUAAUCACAGCCGGUGGAGAAAACAUACCUCCUGUGUUAAUUGAAAACAAUAUUAAAGCUGAGCUACCUGUUGUCAGCAAUGCUUUUUUAAUUGGUGAUAAGAGAAAAUUUUUGUCCAUAUUAUUAUCACUAAAGUGUGAAGUCAAUGCUGAGACUGCAGAACCAUUGGACGAUUUAACACCUGAAGUAAUUACAUGGUUAUCAUCGCUUGGUUGUAAAUUUACUAAAGUAUCUGAGGUAGUUGCAAAUAGACCUAAAGAAGUUUUUGAUGCUAUUCAAAAAGGCAUUGAUGCAGCAAACAAGAAAGCAAUAUCUAAUGCACAAAGAAUUCAGAAGUUUGCACUCUUACCUGUUGAUUUCUCCUUGCCUACCGGUGAAUUAGGUCCUACGUUGAAAUUGAAACGUCCUGUAAUCAAUGAAAAAUACAAAGAUUUAAUCGAAGAAUUCUAUCAAAACUGAUUGGGUCAAAUAAGUAAAAGACAAUUUUUGUUUAAAUUGCAAGAUAAUGAAAAUAUACUACAUAGAAAACAAAAAUAUAAUUAAAUUGCUCACACAGGGUAUCAAAAUUAAUGGUCCUCCUUAAUUUUGAACCAACUAUAUAUCAGUGAACUUUGUAAAAAAAAUUUUUUUAUAUAUUUCCUUCUUUAUACUCUUGAAACUGUUAUUGUUGUACUUAAAUACAAGUAAGUUAUUUAUA